GUCAUUUCUGGCAUUAAACGUUUGCAAUUUCACAACAGAAAAGAAAGUUUUUUUUAGCUUGAUCACAAAUUUAUAAUCCCUAGUAAACUAUUUAUAAAAGGUAAAGUACAAGUCAAGGAUCUAACGUGAAAUUGAGCACAUAUUAGUAAACAUUUUACCUGCUUGCAAUAAAACUCAAAAUAAUGGAGGAAUAUAUGAAAUUGGUCGCCCAAUACAAAUGCGAUAUAAACUCAAACGUUGAUGAAAGCAGCUCCGAAAGCGACAGCGACUCGUACGUAUCAAUGGGACAAACGGAGCGCGGAGCUUCGGUUCGAGAAACAAAAGAAGUCAAUGUAGAGAGCGGAAAGCGCAAGUCUGGAACGGCGCGGCUGCCAACUAGGCGACCAGAUCCCAACGUAUACAACAGAAAUGCAUUGCUCGCUCGUGAGAAUCGCCGUAAGAAGAAGGCGCACAUGGAGGCAGUCGAGAAGGAGUUGAAUGAAACGCGAAUGACAAACCGAUCGUUGUUGAAAGCGCUCAAAAAACAACUGAAGCGCACUCGGAAGCUUGAAAGAGAGUGCCAAUUCCUGAAGGAUACAUUGGGUAACUACAAAGAAAACAAAAAUGUAGCCACUCAAUUAAAUAUGGGUAUUUCAUCACCGAACAACCGAGCCGCCUCGCCGGAGGGCUCCCUGAUAUCUGCRUAUUCGAGCAGCAGCAGCUACGAGCCGCCCAUGGAGACAGACUCUUACGCAGGCUUCCUGAACGUCGACAAUGGUAGUGUAGCCGCCGAGCAAUUUGUAAACGAGACACCAUCAAGUUCAUGGAAUGAUUUUAUUGACGAUUUAUUAACAGAUUAUCAGCCCACGCCAGCCUACGAAGAUGAGAGCUCCACCCGAUUUGUGGAGCAGAGCAGCUUUGACCUGCAGCAGAGCCAGCCACUGGCCAUCAUUGACGAACACAGCUAUUUCAAUAAGUUUACGGAAGUGGGCCUUUACACCCCGGACUGUGAGUGGAGUCCCAGUCGCACUCCGCCCACGCAGCUGCUGCAAGACGACGAGUUCUUGUUUAGCAGCGCAGACACAGACAUCGAAUGUAUUGCAAGUCUAUAAGUUAUAGUUUAAUGUGUUUUUUUUUUAUUAACUAUUCUAAGAAGUUUUAACCAUAAUUAGAUUAAGGUAUUCGAGCGCGAUCUUUUUGUGAAUCGAUAUAAUUCUUUCCACAUUGACAAUCUUAAAACUUUAUUAGCAUAGCCCGUGGAGAUUAUGAUAGAACGACAGCCCACUGCAGCAGCCCUUUGGCUUCGACGUUUCAAAUUUGUUUCACAUUUUCAGGCGAGUGUGGAGGCGAGUUGGAUAAUUCAUCCAGCACGCAAAUGAUUCAUUUGAAGUUGCGGCCAGAAUUUAGGACGAAACUCGAAAUCUAACGGAUUUCCACAAAAUAUUUUCCUUCAUGGCAGAGCCCUAACGGAAGGAGAAGAGUUGCAGACGUCAAGUGUAUUAAAUACAAACAGGCGUUGUUUUCUAUUUAUUGUUUUUAUCGAAUUUCAAAAGUGACAAAAUUAUACUAAUUUAUUUGGAUUCUGAAAUGUUUCAGAUGUUUGUUAUCACACAGUCAAUGUGAGAUUUCAUUGAUUUUAGUGGACAGUGAGGCUUGGAACACCGGUACGUACUUCUAUCAUAACUCCUUAAAGGCAUAUGUUUUGUAUGUAUACCUUCAAUGAUUAUUAUUUGUUGAUUUUGGAAAGAAUUAUCGAUACGAUUUCAUCAUUAUUAUGCAUUUGUUAUUGAGCCCAAAUAAAGCUAUGACUACACAA